AUGGGCAAAGAGGUGAUUGAGAAACAAACUCCUCAAAGUGAGAGUCCAGAUCGCGUACCGGGCAAAGAGGUGAUUGAGAAAAACCAAACUCCUCAAAGUGAGAGUCCAGAUCGCCUGAAACAUUACUUAUUUUCUUCCCCGCAGGGCACUGUUCGAAGGAUUAUUAUCGAGAAUCCUGAUCAGGAGCCGUUAUCCCCAUUUCUUAGAGGGGGGAAUUUCUGUCCUGGAAAUAAUGUCAUCUAUGAAAAGACAAUAAGAAAAUACGAGCUAUUAAAUCCCCACCAGGAGAAGCAGUAUCAGUUCUCCCACCAGUGCCAGAUUCCCCAGCCAGCCGAGCAGUGCCACGUUGUCCAGCCCUGCCAGCCCCCUGAGCACUCCCUCGUCACGCACCAGUGCCAGCAGACACAGACCGGCAGCCCCUGUGAAAUAAUUCCAGUCUCUGUGAGCGAUGACUGCAGAGGAAAUACAGUGAGGAGGGUAACGGUUCAAACCUCCCUUGUGAAUUGCUCUCAGGAAAAUAAUGACCAGCUGGACUGCCGCUACUUCGGGGAGCUCCUUGCUGAACUGAACCGCAAGACCAAUGACUUGUACAGCUGCUUACUGCAGCACGUGGAGAAGAUAGGAGGAAGGAACCACGACAUUGAAUUGACGUGUCAGACUGAAGAUAUUGAAGACUUAAUUCCCAAAGGACUGUCUGAGGCAACAAAGCAGCAGAUUCGUUAUCUCCUCCAGAUGAGAGUGACGUCAGAUAAAUCUUUGAGACUUGUGCUUUCCACUUUCAAAAAUCUGCGAGAAGAGCUUUGCCAUUUGCAGGAUGACUUGGGGAAGUUAGAAACCGACAGUGUCUUACUUAAGAAGGACUUGGCUUUUAAAGAUUCUCAAGUAAAAGAAUAUGAAACUAUGUUGGCUUCUCUGAGAGAGAAUAAUCGUCAGCAGCAGCAAGGACUCAGAGAGAGCACUGCAAAAUGUCGCUCCCUGGAAGAGCAGCUCCUCUCCCUUCGGCUCAGUGAGGGAGAAAAGGAGUGUCAGCUGAAGGAGCUGGAGUACGGCAAGCGUGCCUUGGAGCAAGAGCUCCAGAGCCUCAGGCUACAGACCUGCUCUAAUCCAACGCUGCAGACCACCACAGAUGAACUCUCUAGCCGUUACGUAGAGAUGAUCAAUAACUUGAGAGAGGAUAAAGAUCGUGAGAUCCGCAGUCUCAGGUCUCAAUUAUGCCAAUUCCAGCAAGACAUAUCAAGGAGAGACGGAAGUAACAGUGACUUGCAGAUAAGGCUGCAAGAACUGAUGUCGACGCUGGAGGAGAAAGAUGCUUUUAUUAAACAACAGCAAGAGGACCUCUUCAGAUUGAAGCAUGAGAAAUUAUCAGGCAGUCAGUCCCCUGGUGUAACAGCCAUCAUCACUAAGAAGUAUAGGAAUCAGUAUCCUAUUCUGGGUCUGCUGUCUGAUGACUACAAGGUUACAUCGCCUGUCAAUAAAUCACAAACUAUUGUAAUUGAGAGGACCGGAGAGAUAUGGAAACAUGUAAGUGUACCUACAGAUGGACUAUACUCUCUGAAACUCCUAAGUGUUCAGUUUAACUUCAAAGACAGUAUUAGCCAAAACUGACAUCUGAGAAAGCCACAGUGUUAAUUUAACUUGGCCACAAAAAGCAAAAAGCGCCUGAUGAAAGUCAAGGAACUCUAUGGGCUAUUGCAAGAAGGCAGUAAUUGUUGGGUGGAGUAUAAAUAAAAUAACCUUUCAUUGUUUCCUCUGACACAUAAUUACC